CUGAAAAAAAGCCCAUUACUCCCGAUGAAUGAAAAAGUUCUGCACCAGGCAUUCUGUGGAAUUGAUGGCGUAAAUUAUAAAGUCUGUUGUACAACAGAGCAAAAACCUCAGGAACCAGAUGACAUCAUCAAUCCACUGAUUACUGAAUCCUCAAGUCCUGCUGACAAUUCCAAUGAAAGUUGUACCACAUUAUCAGGACACAGAGGUAAUUGCAUAAACAUUAAAAAAUGCCCCAAAAUGAUGGAUAUUCUGCAGAGAAAACCAAUGACUGAGAAUAAUCGGAGCUUUUUACAUCAAUCACAUUGCGGAUAUGAAGAUAUUUAUCCGAAGGUUUGUUGUGAAAUUCAGGAUGAACUGACUCCAGGAAAGCGUCACCAGGACAGACGCAUGGAACAGAGUGGAACGGAGAAAAUUAACACCACAGAAAAUUGUAUUUUGCCGUCCGGAAGGAAAGGGAAUUGCAUAAAUAUAAAAAAAUGCCAGAGGGUGAUGGAUAUUCUCCACGAAGUCCCUCUCACUCAAGAAACCCGUAAAAAAUUGCGUGAUUCUCAAUGUGGAUUUGCCGAUAAUUAUCCCAAAGUCUGUUGUGAACCUGUGAACGAAGUAGUAGAAGUGAAAAUCCUACAGAAAAUUACAUCAUCUUCAGAGGAUCAUUGUCUAACCCCGUGGGGAGGAAUGGGAAGAUGCAUCAGUAUAAAUGAUUGCAGUGACCUGAGAAAGCUCUACGUACAGAAUCUAUUACUUCCAAUGCAUGAGAAACUGCUGGAGAAUGCUCGUUGUUCAGCAGAAGGUCUGCAGGAUCCUGAGUUUAAAGUUUGUUGUGGGAUGAAGCAGUCCAAUUUAGACCGGAAUUCAGGAGCAACUGGAGAAAUUGUGAGAACAACGAUUUUCAAAAUUCCUGAUUAUGGCAAACUUGACAAAAGACGUUUGCCUCAUGAAUCGUGCGGACCAAUUCCAGAGGAGCGAAUUGUUGGGGGGAAUGACACGAGAGUCCAUGAGUUCCCCUGGAUGGCACUGCUGGGGUACAACAUGGGAAAACGAGGAAUUACUUUCAGAUGUGGAGGGACUUUGAUUAGUGAAGAGUACGUACUGACGGCUGCUCAUUGCGUAACUGCACUCGCCCCUGGUUUAAAACUUAUAAAAGUAAGACUUGGAGAAUACGACAUGAAGACUGAAGAGGACUGUGACGACGAGAGCCACUGUAUUGGUAAAUACCAAGAAUUUUUCGUACAACAUGUUAAGCCCCACGAAAACUACUCACAGCAGACGUUCCAAAAUGACAUUGGUCUAGUGAAAUUACGAGGUUCUGUCGACAUUCGUUCUGGCUACAUUAAACCAAUCUGCUUGCCUCUGAAUCGCGAGGGGUCCAUUGGUAGAACCCCGAGCAAUGCUGUAGUGACAGGGUGGGGUGCAACAGAACAUGGCACGAGUAGUACUAGACUGCAAAAAGUUACUCUGCAAAUUAUCACCAAUGAAUUAUGCCAGAAGCUGUACAAGGGCAACAGGAAUGUUGUCAUAACGACGAAACAGCUGUGUGCCGGAGGAGUCAGGAGUAAGGACUCGUGCUCUGGGGACAGUGGUGGGCCUCUUCAGGCUAUUGAAAUGUAUGGCAAUAGACCAAGUUUCGUUCAGUAUGGAAUCGUCAGCUUUGGACCUGCAACUUGUGGAGUCGAGGGAUUACCGGGGAUUUACACUAGAGUUGAUCAUUACGUCCAAUGGAUACUUGAUAAUAUGAGGGAUUACCUGCCGCUAACAAUUGAGAUUGACAGCAUCAAGCGAGAUUUAGCGCUGACCAUAAGAAAGAUUAAAAAUUUAUAUGACGCGGCUUUCAUUACUUCCAGCAAUAUUAAUGAGCAUAACAAAGUGGAACUGCAGAAUCUGGCGAAUACACUAACCGGAAGACAAUCCGGGGAUCUGCGAGAUAGUCUCUAUAAGUUGUAUGAUUAUAUUGUACCAACAACUGCGCACAAUCUCAAACAAAGCUUUUUGGAUCUUCUGAAUCAUCAUGUGCAAACAAAGGGAAAAUCGCUAUGUGGCGAUGUCCAGACGCCCAAUCAAUAUUUAUACCAAUUACACAAAGUUGUCGUUACAACCGAGCUGAUGGGCCAGGUCGCUUUAACUUUCGGAUACUAUUUGCAAAAUCAAUUGAAUAAUGUUAGUAUUCAUUUCGAACUCAAACGAGCUCAAGUUGAACGACGAGAAAGAUUGCAGAAUUACUUCAACAAAUUCAAGAGUUCCAUGAAUAAUUCCUCGUUGAGCUUGCGCCCAUGUGAUCCCACAGAUUUCAUCAGAGAUGAAACAUACAUCGAAAUGGAACACCUUUAUCAAGCUGUACUUGUCGAGGACUAUAAUUUAAACUAUAAAGACUCGUGUCGAGGAACAUGUGAAACUAUUGAUGUCAGCCCUCACAGAAAUGACAACGAUGGGGUUCUUUGUGCACGUCUUCAUAAUUGUUGGAAGUUGAAAACCUCGCGAUAUUGCAUUAGACCAAGUGAAUUGAGACGAUACGAAUGGAUCGAAGAUCGACACGGUACCAUUUAUGGCAAUAAAAAUGGCUGCCAAGGGCAAGAACUUGCAACCCCUGGCUGGCGAAAACGUUUAUUUCCGUGUGAAAAUUGCAUCUGCACAUGUCAAGGAGGACACAAGUGGAGAAUGCCAGUAGAAGUGCAGGCAUUCAGCUUACGAGCGUCACGAAGCAAUACUACAAACAACAUGGUUAUCACGGGAGUCAAGUUUUCGAGACACGAGUCAAUCAUCUGCAUCCAGAUAAAAGAAGGAAAAUUACUCCCCGAGGGUGAAAUUGAAGAGGGUUCGGAAAAAUGGAGGGAUUGUGAUCUAUCAUAUGCUUCGUAUCGGGCGGCUAGAUUUAGCUCGUCUGAUUAUAAACAUGGAAAAGACUUCGUUGUUCUCAGUUCGGACUACAAUUAUAUCGAUCUUGAUGACAUAUUUGAAAACAGACCAGAAACAGAAAUAAUUACGGGCAUUAAGUUUAGUCUUUCGGAUUACUGUGCAGAAGGUAGGCAUGUGAAGCUACAAUUAGAAUAUGCUAAAUUCAAUUUUACCUCUGGUGAAUUAACAACUACUGAAGGAUUUCAGUCUCCAUCAACCUGUCACAGUCGAAGAGUAAAUAUGGUUAAUCUUGACAGUCCACUGAAUCAGAGAAAGCCGAGGGAUCAGAAUACUCCUGAUUUCAAAUUGAAUAGUUACGUGCGUUUUGGGUGGACAAAUUUUAAAAAAGAUGUUGGACAAACGACCAUUCCGCUAUUGGAUGCCCAGCCCGUGGAAACUAAACCGUCAGCUCCCCUGACUGGUAUUGAACUAUUUUAUAAAUCAUCCCCUGGCUAUGGAGGAUUCCUGGCAUUUAAAAUCCGUACGCUCAAUUAUGCGAAAUACAUGGAAGAGGAAAUGACUGAGGAGUUUUCGGAUGAGGAUCCAAGAGACUUGGAGACUGAAACUACUGAAGAGUACUUCAGUAAAUCAGGGAUAGUCAUUACAAAUGAAGCGACGCAAGAAGAGAAUGAUGGACCGAAUAAAGAGGCAAUCCAUUGGUCCGACCGACAGAGUACAGGCGUUGAUCAGGAUUAUCCUUCAUACUCUCCUUAUUUCAUGUUUAUCGCCGUGCCACUGUUUAUCGCUGCUUCUGUUUAUGUUUUAAUAACUUUAAAAAAAUGUAAGGAACACCCACGUCCAAUAAUUAUAUUUUCUUCCCUUUCUUCUGAUGAAAAAGAAAUCAAGUAGAUUAUUUGUGGAAACUUUUCGAGACUAGAUAAUUGGUUAACAGCGCAGCGUUCGAAGGAUCGAUCACAUUUAUAACAUUCAAUCAUUUUAGUCCUUUCAUUGAAAUUAAAUGUAAUAAUUCAUACCAUAAGUUUCAUUUUAGAAAUAAUCUCCCACACAUCGUUCAUUGGAAUGUGAUUAUAAUUUGUCAAGAGUAAUUGAGUAGGAUCAGUAAGAUGAGUAAGUAGGGAGAUUAUUCAAAAUACAUAUUGUUAGUGUAAAACUUUAAUCUUUCCAAGAACAUAAAUAUAUAAAUUCAAAUGAAUUAAACUAGUAAACGA